UUGUUCUUCUUCAAUAAUUCUUUAUCCCAUCGUUAUCAAAAAAUCGCUUUUGUUUUCAAUUACUGAACCAAAAUGAAAUUUUCCGUGCGGAGAACUAGGAUUAGUGAUAGGCUACCCAUUUAGAAAAUGUUCUGAUUUUGGUUUUAUUCAGUGUUUCACCUGAUGUCGGAAAGGUAUCAAGCGUAAUGCAACAAAUAGUGUUACAUUAAAUGUUAUUUGUAAUAUUUUUUGGUAAGACGACCCUGAGUCCACGUGUUGUCGCAGUGUUCGCUCGCUAAUUAAAGGCUAGGACUUCAAUUUCUAAUCUGUAUAAAUAAUGUGGUUCAUCAGCCACCCGUUCAGUUUUUAACUUUCUCGAAAAAAUAUGUGCUACUCGCCAAGAUUUGUAACACUUGAUUUCGGCCCGCGAGCGAUAAAAAGUUGCCGCUGUUUUAGAGAUUGCGUGUGGCAGUGACUCCGUAGUAUUUUGCGAUUUCGGAGCUGCAUACAAUUGUGUUCGAAGCGACUUCUAAAUGAUCAAAAUUGGAAGACUCGUGCGUGUGUAUGAUCUCCUUCUUGACGCCCGUGCUUAUUUUUGGCUCUGGGUAGAUGGCAACCCUGUACUAUACUCCAUGCUUAUAUCAAUCUCACACGGGCAAUGAAUGUCCGUGAAAAUAUGUCUACAUACUCCAACCAAAAUAUUAAAUUAUUACUUAAUUUGAUGGCGUUCAAAAUACUCCACUUUUCCUUUAUAACGUCAUAAAGGUAUCAUUGGAAAAUCCCGGAAUAAAGCAAUUGAAUUUUUGAAAAUAACGAGUUGACUGUGGCGUCGCGCCGGGUCGGAGGUGACAACAAUGUCACCCGAUCCUCGCGAUUGUGAUGUUGUUAUGUGUCUGGCCUUGAUUCUUGCAUUUAUGAGUCUUAUGCCAGUCAUUUUGUCACUGGGCGUCAAGGAAUGGAUUGUUGUGAAUGGAAGAAUCAAAAAUCAAACUAGAAGUAAUGAUUUCGAAAAAUUGGAAAUUCCAGAUUUCCAUCCGGAUAUCACAGAUUUCAAUGGUUCAAUGACAAAUAUAUCCAAAGAAUUUUAUAACGAAACGAAUACCACAGCAGGGAAGUUUCAUUCGUCCAAAAAUCAUUUCACUGGAAAUACAACUAUACUGGCAAAUUUUGAAUCAAUAUGUCUAAUUAGCCAAACUUCCCGACAUUGUGAUUCGUUAUCUACAAUCCAAAAUUCGAAUUAUUCAGCUUGCUUAACAACAGGGCAUCAACACGACGACGAAGAUUUUAUCAAAUGCAAUUCUUUUCUGCUUAGUCGAGUCCUUUCGACUGUACCGAGAGUGUUUUCUAUAGUUCUGAUGAUGACUGCAGUUACAACAAUGUUAGCUACAAUUGUAUUGGACGUUGUGAUGGUCUUUGACAAGAAAGACGUCAGAGUGAAGCUACUAUUGGCUACUCUAUUUGCGCUUUCCGGUAUGAUUGAGAUUGCAUCUGUAAUUUUUUUCUACACAACCGUAUUUAUGGGACACAGAGCUUUGGAGAAGCCGAGAGCGUCCGUUGGAAUAACCGCUUAUUUGACAUUUGGCAAUGGAGUCGUUUCUGUUAUGAUCGCAUUACUCAUAUUUAUAUCUUUGCGUCGAAGAAGAAAAAAAAAGUUGCCGCAGUUUAUUCCAGAUUCACAAAUCGAUAUACCGAGAAAUAAUGAACCCUGUGUCCAAUUCGAAUUCGAGUCUUCACAGGCUGUAGUAGGCGAUAUACCAUUUGAUUUUCGUUUCAACAGUGUAAAAAAACGGGUAAAUAUUGAUGUAGAAUCAAAUCCGGAAAGCAAAAAAGAAGAAGCGAGAAUUGACGAUGUGAAAUAUAUAGUCCGGUCAUCACCUGUUGUUUUAGACUCUGCUGAUCAACAUGAAUCCCCUUCCCUUGACGACAAGUCGGUUGACUUGCGUUCAGUAGCCGAUGAAGAAGUAUCUCAAGCCAUCACGCUUGCUAAAGAAGUGUUUCGGUCUUUCCGAGACAAAAAUAAGGAAGAUAACAUUGUGACUGAUAAAUUAAAAACAACUGCACGCAUGUCUCAAUCUGAUUAUGAAGUUGACGCCGAGACGUCUCAAACUAUGUCAGAAAAGACAGCAAGUUUAGUGCUUUCAGAUUCACAUAUAGAAUUUGACAAAGAAAGCAUUGAAGUUUCAUGUUUUGUCGGAGAAGAGUUCAAAGCGGAACAAAAUUUAUUUCAAUCACAGCAUAAUAUAGUUGGUGUUGAAAUCUUGGAAUCUCCACAUGGAACAAUCGCCACAAUAUCGCAUCAUGCGAAAGAAGAGUUAGUACAAAAAAGUUUUAGCGAUAUCGAAGAAAUCCCAAUUGAAAUUUGUAAUGCAUAAACAAGAAAGCAUAGCAUUCACUCACAGAGUUUACCAUUCGACUAGUCUGUUAUUUUGUUUUAUUCUUUGCAAAAAUAAAAAAUUAAAUCUAUUA